UGCACAUGUCUAGUGGGCGGGGCCACUCCCCCUGCAUAUGGGAUACUUUUUGCACAAGUGUACCUCCAUCAGGACCUGCUCCACCUCCAGACCUCUGCCAUACUCCCAGACAGGGGCGGACUGACAACUCAUGGGGCCCCCGGGCAAUAGGGGAUCAUGGGGCCCCUGUGUCCUUGCCUAAACUCAAAAAAGCCUAUGAAAAAGGUACCAGGGGCAUCUCAUGAGGCCCCCUACUGACCCCGGGCCCUCGAGCAGUGCCAGUGUUUCCAAAUGGUCAGUCCACCCCUGCU